AAAACAAAAAAAAAACAAUGAAAGCAAAAAGUAAUAUUUAACAAAACUAAGAAUUAUGAAUAAAUCUGAUUCGUCCAGUGUCGAUUGCUUUGCCAUGCUAGAUCUGCCCUAUGAGGAGCGCUGCGAAUUUGUGAGGGAAGCGAAGAAAUGUGAGCUCAACAUGAACUUUGUGCCCUAUCUGGAUUUGUUGGCGUGCCACUUCAAGAUUCGCAAUCAAUUCGACGAACUUGUCUAUAUAGCCAUGCUGCUAUUCCUGAGCUUAGAGCUGCUAAUCUGCUUGGGCUAUGUGGUGCAUUACUAUUAUACACCAAUGCUGACGGCUCUGGCGAAAAUGCUUCAUAUGAACGAACAUCUGGCGGGUGUGACAAUUAUCUCUAUUGGCAAUACGUUGCCGAAACUUUAUGACAACUUGCUGGGCCUGGAGUUGCGGACGUUUCGAGCAUCUCAACUUUCCACGGGUUUCCUAUUGCUUUUGUUUGUCGCCGUGUCUUGUGUUGGGCUGAUUUGCUAUAUGAGACCCUUUUGGAUGAACAGCCAUAGGACUGUGCGGGAUCUGCUUUUCUUCAUCUACGGCCUAACGCUCUUAGAAUAUGUCUCCAUAAAUGACGGCGUGAUUACGUUAAUUGAAUAUUUGCUUUUGAUCUUCGUUUAUUUGAUCUAUUUGACUAUUAAUGUAUUGGAUCUUUACAUGCAGCACUUAAGCCUGAAGUUCUUGAGACGAGAAAUGCAUGCCCGACCAACAAAAGUUCAGGCUUUACAAGAGAAGUAUUACAUACUUGUCCAGGACCUGCGACUGGGAACUCAAUGUCGAUCGUAUUCCAAUUCGAUUCGACAAGAAUUUCAGAAUAGUCGCAAUGAAGCCUGUGCGGGUCUGAAACUCUGCUGCCUCAAGGAUUGGCAGCGGGCCAAUCCACUGAAGCGCGCCUUCUACAUUGCUCGUGCUCCGAUUGUGCUGCUAUGCGCCAUCUAUAUACCCCUGGUGGAUUACGAACGACAUAGGCAUGGCUGGUGCAAGCUGCUCAACUGCAUGCAAAUAUGCCUCAAUCCGACGCUUACGGUUGCCCUGAUGUUUCACGAUAAAUCCGUGCCCUGGUAUUCGUCUCCAUGUGUACUUUCCUUUCUGUUGUUGACCCUUCCGUUAAGCCUGUUCGUGCUACUCCACUCGAAUGCCAGAGUGGCGCCCAAGUAUCAUUCGGUGUUUGCCAUUCUGAAUCUAACUGGAUGCCUGCUGAUCACAUACCACCUGGUCAAUGAAUUAUCCCUGAUCUUGGAGCUGAUCGGCACACUGAGGCAUAUGCCAGCCAAUGUGAUAGGCGCAACUGUCGGACCCAUUGCCAGUGGCCUCCCCGAUCUGGUUACCAGCUUUUCGCUAUGCAAACAGGGCUACGAGAGAAUGGCCUAUGCGGCGGCGAUUGGAAGUUCGAUUCUUAAUAUCAUUUUGGGCAAGAGCGGCAAUCUGAUCACAGCCAUGAUUCUGUACUGCCUAAGUCCCAAUGAUGAAGUGAUAAAUGUUUAUAGCGAAAAUGCAUUUAUUCUGCUGCUUCUUGGUCUGCUGUCCAUGCUGCUAUUGAUCUCGCUGUUCAAAUGCAAUGCACAACGUUCGUUGGGCGUUUACUCCUUGUCCAUUUAUUUGACAUAUCUUCUAUUCAUUGUAGUUGUUAUGAAGGGGACUUUUCAUAUAUCCACAAAAGGCUUUCUCCGCACUGAUCACGAAUCAGAUUCUUAAAACAAAACAAAUUUGUGAAUGUGAAAAAGAAUUUUAUAUUAAUAAAACCCAUUGAAAAUGCAAAUUAGGGGCAUAAUU